GCUGCGGAGGGUCAAAUCUCACGCGCUGACGUGAUGUGUGCGGAAGUACCGCUGAUUCAGCUACUAACAGCUGGAGCUGCUUCGUGCCAGGAUCACACUAGCGGAUCGUAGAGGGCGGAUUAACAGAGAUGGACGGCAAUUUGACGCUGCAUUUAGCGAACUUCAGCACUCUGUUCGUGUGUAUGGUGCUGAAGUUCCCGCAGAUAUUCGUGAUGAUGCGGGCCAGAGCGAGCACUGGAGUCAGUCUGAACAGUCUGCUGCUCGAGCUGCUCGGGUUCAUAGUAUUCAUGUCCUAUCAGAUGUAUUAUGACUACCCACCGCUCACAUACCUGGAGUAUCCCAUCCUCAUUGCUCAAGAUGUCAUAGUGCUCCUGUUAAUCCUGCACUAUAACAGGAACCUGAAACACAGCCUCAUAUACGCAGCACUGUUUGUGGGUGGAUGGCAGCUGCUUACAGUACAGAAGUGGGUGAUUGAUCUGGCCAUGAGUUUGUGCACUUUCAUUAGUGCCAGCAGUAAACUGGCACAGCUUCAGUGUUUGUGGCAGUCAAAGGACUCCCGGCAGGUCAGCACUCUCACCUGGGCUCUGGCCACAUAUACAUGCCUGGCGAGGAUCUUCACCACCGUCAUCACCACAGGAGAUACACAAGUUCUCAUUCGGUUUGUCGUCAUGACCAUUCUGAACAUGUGGGUCACGGUUACAGUCAUCUACUACAAACCUCAUGCAGUGAAGCAGGAUUAAGAGGAUGUCACGCAGUGGAUCUCAGUGUAUUCUCAAUGUAUUCUCUGUCUGCUGGUGGAGGUUUUUUUUUCUUCUAGAUUCAGGUCAGGUGCUAAUUGCGAUUAAUCACAUCCAAAAUGAAAGUGUGUAAUUUCAUAACACUAUAUUCAAAAAAAGUCACACACACAUAUAUAUAUAUAUAUAUCUGUAGGGGAUAAUGCUCAGCUAGCAUUGCAUUAAACUACCAGAGGCGAAGGGAUGGUGGUUGCCUCAGUGGAGUGCAUUGAAAUCAUUUAAUACACAUCUAGCUGUGCAUUAUUCUGCUUAUACCAUGAUCAUUUGUCAGCAUUGACAACUUAAAAUGAUGUUUGCAGCACAAUAUUUCACUGGAAGGAUAAAAAUGGUUAUUUUAGUCAGUUACACCUGUAGACAUAGCAUUUUGUCUACUCUAAAAUUAGACACAGCGAUUAAAGUAGUUUGGUGAGAUCACAUUUAUUUGAAUUAAUUAUAGCACUUAUUUAAAUUGAUUACCGAGAAAGAGAUAAAAGUUGCAUUUGUGAAUGAUCUGCAUCUCAAUGAAGUUGUGAGUUUAGUUACUCCAGAAAAAGCAGUUUUAACUUUUGUUACUGAGAAAUAUAAUGUAGCAAUUAUUUUGUCAAUAUUGUAUUAAUAAAAGUCACAGGACAACAGUUUCUGUGCUCCCGAAUGCUUUAAAAGCAGACACUGUUGAACGUAAGAUUGCAUUAUAUUUGAAUGAAUAAUUAGCCUACAAUAUAUAUAGCCUACCUCAGUUCUCCACAGAAAUAGUGCUAACAACACAUUUAAUGUAUUACAUUGAAUUAAAUAAAAAUGAAAUGAAAAUUUUUAUAAUUAGGAAGUUUAGGCUGCUGUUUGUUUUUGGUAUUUUAUUAGACUACUUAAAUUAGCCUGAGGCUAAUGGAUGUUGAUCUUCACAUUUCCAUUGAUCGUUAAAUUCAUGUUUAAGCUUGGAGGAGGAUGGAUGUUUGAGAAUAGUCUGUUUUUCUUUGCUUGUUGAGGCUCGUGCAUCAGAUGGACACUUUGACAGGUAUUUUUUUUAUCAUCCUGCUGGAGAACUAAAGACUCUUUUGAUAGGUAUUGGGUAUUUUUAUUUUAGGUGCAAUUAAUCGAUUUGACAGCCCUAAGUUUUAUACUGAAUUGCAGUAGGUCUCGUCUUCCUUGCAUCUAUCAGACUAUUUUAGACACUUUUACACUUAAUUCUUGUGUUCAGCUUAAAAGUUUUCACUCUAUUUUGCUGCCUUGCAAGCACUGGUAUUUUCUUCAUAACAUGCAAAUAUAUUAUGUAUUGGGGUGUGGUACAGUGUGUGUGUGUGUAUACACACACACACACACACACAUAUAUAUAUAUAUAUAUUUUUUUUUUUCAUUAUAAUUGUUUUAAAUCUUAUACUCCCAUGAAGGAAAGCAGAUAUGAAUGAUGUGAACUCACAAAUGAUGAAUUGUAUUUGACAUAAGAAGGACAUCAGAAGUCUGACCAAAUAGUGUUUUGAAACCAUACAAACAUUCCUAUCCUUCACUGAUUCUCACACUGGUCAUUUCUUUCCUGCUGCAUUUAUACAUGUUCAGAUAUAAAUGUAUAUGUUUUUCAAAGUUGUUAUACUGUAAGAAGUUUAGUAACUGUCUUUUUCUUCUCAGAACGGAAAAUAUUUUUUGACAAAUUUCACCUAAAGAACUUUUAAAACUGAUUAAUGAUCAGGUUGCUAUGCAGACUGUUUACUGUAUUAAGAUUUAAUAUGAACUAUUAAGUCUAAAGCACAUCUAUUUUCUCUUCUGAAAGUACUUUACUAGAUCUGUUCAUUUGUAUUUUAUAAAUCAAUAAACAUUCCUUUUAUGUGAAAA